AUGUCCUUCAUGGUCGAGAACUCAGUCAAAGUUGGCAAGCCAAUGGUUGGUGUGACCAUCAACUACCGUCUCAGCGCUUGGGGCUUCUUGAGUGGAAGCGAAGAGAUCAAAGACUCUGGAGAGAUGAAUCUUGGACUCAGAGAUCAGCGACUCGCCAUGCAUUGGGUGCAAGACAAUAUUGAGGCUUUUGGCGGCGAUCCAGAUAAAGUCACCAUCUUCGGCGAAAGCGCAGGAGCUGGAUCCGUAGGUUUCCACCUCACAGCCUACAGCGGACGAGACGACAAGCUUUUCCGCAGCGCUGUCAUGCAGUCCGGUAACCCUGUACACUUCAAUCGUCUCAACGAUCCGCUGGGGUUUGCCGACAUGUACAAUGCGAUCCUCGGCCGCACACCCUGCAUGAACGCCUCUUCACCCCUGGAAUGCCUGCGCAUACUGCCCGCCGAACAGUUCAACGCCGCAAUCAACGUCACAAGCGCCACCUUGAACACGACACAGUUCAUGCCCGUUCUCGACGGUGACUUCAUCCAGAAACGUACUUCAAUCCAGAUGAGCAACGGCGAAUUCGUGCACGUACCCAUCAUCAGCGGCGCAAACAGUGAUGAAGGAACUGCCUUCUCGCCCGAGCCCGUCAACACAACUGAGGAUUUAUACACCUUCAUGACAACUGGGGACCGCGCCGUUCCACCCGCCCUCGCAAACCAACUUCUCGAAGUGUACCCUGACGACCUAUCUGUCAACGUGGUCGCGAGCCUUGGAGACACAAGACCAGGUCCGCCUUUUGGUGCGCAGUUCCGCCGCUCAGCAUCCUACUACAGCGAUCAGGUCUUCAUCGCGCCGAGAAGGUUGACAUGCCAAACGUGGGCUGCUGCCGGUGUCCCAGCAUACUGCUACCGCUUCAACGCCAUCCCCGCUGGCCUCCCACCGGCCCUUGGUGUUACGCAUUUCCAAGAGGUGUCAUUCGUCUUCCUCAACCUACUCGGCGUCGGCUAUGCGCCCGCAGCCGUGCCGCCGUUUACAAACAAGACGCAGUCUUACCGUGACCUUAGCAGGUUCAUGAGUUCGAGCUGGGCCAGCUUCGUAAGCGACCUGGACCCGAACAGCUGGCGAGAGGGCGGUGCAUGGAAUGGCACGGAGGAGAUGUGGCCGCGGUACGAUGUGGCUGAUCCACAGGACUACGUCUUCGAUGCGAAUGUUACGUCUCAUGCAGAGGCGGACACGUUCAGGAAGGAGGGCAUGGACCUUAUCAACGCGAACAACCUGGAGGUGUACCUGAGGUAA